GCAUAUAUAAGGCUUACUUCUCGGGCAAUAGUCGAACAUCAGUAUAAUGUCUCCCAUUCCCUUUGUCGACCUUAAUAAUGGUACGAAGAUCCCAAUCAUAGGUAUUGGUGGCGGUCCUAGCGCACUCACAGCCGAGGCAUGCGAUGCAGCUAAGAAAUGGAUAUUGACGGCGAUUAAAGUGAGGGACACCAGCAUUUUGCGUCCGAUUCAUCAAUUGAGUGUUACCGAGGCGGGAUAUAGACACAUUGAUACAGCCCUUCUUUAUGGUACGGAGAAAGUCAUUGGUGAGGCUAUCAAAGAGUCUGGUAUUCCUCGCGAAGAAUUCUUCAUUACGACCAAACUGCCCUUCAACCGCCAGGAUCGCGUCACCGAGUCGUUCGAAUUGAGUCUCAAAAAUCUCGGGGUGGAGUAUGUGGACCUCUAUCUGAUGCAUUGGCCUAUGGCCAUACCUUACAAGGGCCCCUGGUUGGAUUUACCUUACGGUGCUGAUGGUUCCGUAAUCACUGUCGAUUCGCCGACUUUCAACGAGUCCUACGCAGAAAUGGAGAAAAUAUAUGCCAGUGGGAGGGCUAAGGCCAUUGGAGUGAGUAAUUUCUCCAUCAAGACGCUUGAAGAGCUCCUCAAAACGGCUACAGUCGUUCCGGCAGUAAACCAGAUAGAGCGCCAUCCCUACCUUGCAGAGCACGAUCUUAUUGCGUAUCACAAGAAAAAGGGUCAUAAAAAUGCUAUCCGGGAAGAUCCAGUCAUGAACGAAAUCGCUGCAAAGCACGGUGUCUCGCCCACGCAAGUCAUCCUCGCAUGGCACAUUGCUGGAGGUGUAAUUAUCCUGCCCAAGAGCGAAAAUGAACAGCGGCAGAAGGAUAAUAUCAAUCUUCCCACCUUGGAUGAAGAUGAUUUGAAGAGGAUAGAUGGAUUGGAUCGUGGUGAGAGACUCUGUAAUAAGAUUGAUAAGAAUGGGAAGGUUUUUGGAUGGACGAGAGAGCAGCUUGGGUGGUAGUCACGGUGAAAUCACACUGCCUCUUUGAGAUAAAGAACUAGAAACGAUAUAUACUAACUCAUGGAAUUGACUGCUUUGGUCUAUGAUCAUAUAUCUGAG